CACAGGGCGGGGUCGAGACCCAGGGUCUCGAGCUUAAUGAUGAGUUUGGAGGGUACUAUGGUGUUAAAUGCUGAGCUGUAAUCGAUGAACAGCAUUCCCCAAGCCAUUAGACUGAGAGACAGAGACACAGAGAGAGAGAGAAACACAGAGAGAGAGAGCGAGAGAAAGAGAGAGAGAGAGAGUGUGUAUGAUGGGUUGUUAGAUGGGUGUCCUGACUCUCUGUGUUCACUAAAGAUCUGUUGAAACUUAUCAUAAGAUAAGAAUUGCUAACCUUGGUGUCCUGGCUAAAUUCCCAAUCUGGCCCUCAUACCAUCAUGGCCACCUAAUCAACCCCAGCUUCCAAUUGGCUCAUUCCUCUCCCUUGUAACUAUUCCCCAGGUCAUUGCUGUAAAUUAGAAUGUGUUCUCAAUCAAUUUAUCAGGUAAAAUAAAAUGGUCUCAAGCGCUUUAUUCACGUCAUCACAUGAUACACUUGCUUACCAAACAUACUGUAUUUAUGUUUCUGCUGAUAGCUAGAAUUACAUUUUAAUGGAUUCCAGCAUUCUUAAACUCAACACACAUGAUAACAGAUGAUAGUGUGAUAGUAAGCAAUAAUGACCAGAUACACAGAUGAUACAUUAAUUGACGGUAGUUCUCCAAUUGGCAGCCAGUUUUACAGAUUACGUGUUUUAUUUGAAAGGUGUGUUUAUGGUUCUGGUGAUAACAAUUGGAAUAUGAUACAGUAAGUCACUUUAUAUCACUAAUCUGAAGCCCUUCAGCCUUCAACUGAACAUGACAAUAAGGAUAGCAACAAAAAUCCAUGGCUGAUUCGUGCAUUAAAGGACAGGACAGGACAAUAAAGUCAUGAAAGUCUAUAAGUUCACACGUUGCUACAGCAGUUCAGGUCUGAAGAAUAAAAUAACUCACCAGAGAUAAGCAGCAUCACCUCUGGAAUAGACUUAGGAAGCAACACAUUGCUGAGAGACGAAAGUGUUUGCCUCUAGGGUCUCUAUUUUUUAACAAUCAACUCUAUCUGGACUUCAGGAGAGCUGUGUUUAGUUGACAAUCAAGCAAGGAUCGACUGCAUAGCGUACCUAUCUACAGACAUGACAGGUGAUCAGAUGAUUAACAUGAAGAAAGAGGAGAAAAGUGAGUGUGUGUCCCUGUCUGCGAUGGGGGACUGUAUACCUUCCCCCCCAGAGUGUGAGAGGGUGUGUGUGUUUGGGACGGGUGACCUGGGGUGCUCUCUGGGCUUGCGUCUGCUGCAGGCAGGGCACGGGGGGGUGUUCGGCAGCCGGCGUCCCAAAAGCUGCAAUCUCCUGCCCCACGGAGCUCAGGUACAACAACCUUUAUACUAGAUCUGGUGUAAUGUGUUGAUAUGUUACAUGUGGUUAAUAUAGUGCAUAAUGUGUAUGUAUAAAUAUUUGUUUAUGUUUGAAGGAGUACAUGUGAAUAUAAUGUAUGUGUGUUUAUGUGUGUAUCAAUAUGUUGAUGAUGUAUAUGCAGGUCCUGGGUCAUGCUGCAGCUGCUCAGUCAGCCCUUAUGAUCUUCAUCGCUGUCCAGAGGGAACACUACGACUUCCUGGUACCACUGGCCAAUCAGCUUAAGGGGAAGGUGUUGGUGGAUGUCAGUAACAACCUGAGGAAGAAUCAGUACCCAGAGGCCAACGCAGAAUACCUGCAAAGUCUGGUCCCUGGAGCUGAGAUGGUUAAAGGAUUAAACACAGUGUCUGCCUGGGCUCUGCAGAAUGGACCACUGGCCGGGAAACAGAUAAAAGCCAAUAAGACCACUCCAUUUGACUUUGACAACACAAAGGCCUGGGGCACAGACUCCUUCUAUGUCCUUGGGAUCCUGGGCUUCUGUCUCUACGUCCUGCUGGGGAUCACCUCCCUGCCCUCUGUUGGAGCAGCUCUCAGCUGGAGGGAGUUCAGCUUCGUACAGUCCAAGCUGGGCCACCUGACUCUGCUGUUGUGUACAGCCCAUGGCUUCCUGUAUGGCUGGAACAAGUUCCUGCGUUCCUCCACCUACAAGUGGUACACCCCACCGGGCUACAUGGUGUGUCUGGCGCUUCCCUCUGUGGUGCUGCUGCUCAAGCUGCUGCUCAUCACCCCCUGUGUGGACCACACCAUCAGCCAGGGCUGGGAGAGGGGCGUGGCAGAGGGGCAGGAGACAAAAAUCAGCCACCUCUGAAAAUAAUUACUGUGAUAAAUGGUUGUUUUACAUACCUUAGUAAUUAAGUAUUUAUUGAUUAGAGCUUCAACUAAAUGAUUAAGAUGCAAUGCAAAUAAAACUCCACAGGGUCACUGUAUCUUGCCCACAGGUACAGAUAUAACAUCACAAAUCCUAACUUUAACUAUUAGGGCAGAAAAUAAAAAACUGACAUCACAUCAUAUGUCUAGGAUACACUUCUCCGAGUCUCGGGAUACAAUGCAUUCGAAAAGUAUUCAGACCCCUUUACUUUUUCCACAUUUGCUACGUUACAGUGUAACGAUUUUCUUCUUCUUCCGAUGAGGAAUAUGAAGGAUCGGACCAAAAUGCAGCGUGGUAAGUGUCCAUGUUAAAUGUAUUAACUGAACACGGGAAAAAUACAAAAAUAACAAAGUGAAUGACAACAAAAAUCGAAACAGUCCUGAAUGGUGAAACAAACACAAAAACAGGAAAAAACUACCCACAAACACAGGUGGCAACAGGGUACCUAAGUAUAGUUCUCAAUCAGAGACAACGAUUGACAGCUGCCUCUGAUUGGGAACCAUACUAGGCCAAACACAGAAAUACAACACAUAGAACAAAACAUAGAAUAUAGAACAUAGAAUGCCCACCCCAACUCACGCCCUGACCAAACCAAAAUAAAGACAUAAAUAAGGAACUUAGGUCAGAACGUGACAUACAGCCUUAAUUCGAAAAUUGAUUAGUUUUUUUCCCCUCAUCAAUCUACACACAAUAUCAUGACAAAGCAAAAACUGUUUUUUAAAAUGUUUUGCAAAUGUAUUCAAAAUAAUAACCUGAAAUAUCAAAUGUACAUAAGUAUUCAUACCCUUUACUCAGUACUUUGUUGACACAUCUUUGGCAGUGAUUACAGCCUCAAGUCUUCUCGGGUAUGAUGCUACAAGCUUUGCACACCUGUUUUUAAUACAGGGAAACGUAAAUCCGUUUUACCUCAUUUAUGCCAACAUGUUAAAUGUGCAACCAGAGGGGGAAAAACUCUAGACCACCUUUACUCCACACACAGAGACAUGUACAAAGCUCUCCUUCGCCCUCCAUUUGGCAAAUCUGACCAUAAUUCUAUCCUCCUGAUUCCUGCUUACAAGCAAAAACUAUAGCAGGAAGCACCAGUGACUCGGUCAAUAAAAAAGUUGUCAGAUGAAGCAGAUGCUAAGCUACAGGACUGUUUUGCUUGCAUAGACUGGAAUAUGUUCCGGGAUUCUUCCGAUGGCAUUGAAGAGUACACCACAUCAGUUGCUGGUUUCAUCAAUAAGUGCAUCGAUGACGUCGCCCCCAUAGUGACUGUACACACAUACCCCAACCAGAAGCCAUGGAUUACAGGCAACAUCCGCACUGAGCUAAAGGGUAGAGCUGCCUCUUUCAAACGUAUAAGAAAUCCCGCUAUGCUCUCAGACGAACCAUCAAACAGGCAAAGCAUCAAUAUAGGACUAAGAUUGAAUCGUACUACACUGGCUCUAACGCCAGUCGGAAGUGUCAGGGCUUGCAAACUAUUAAAGACUACAAAGGGAAGUACAGCCAUGAGCUGCCCAGUGACACGAGCCUACCAGACAAGCUAAAUUACUUCUAUGCUCGCUUCGAGGCAAGUAACACUGAACCAUGCAUGAGAGCAUCAGCUGUUCCACAGUCGUCUGGAACAGACGGAUUACCAGGACGUGUACCAGACGGAUUACCAGGACGAGUACUGCGAGCAUGCGCUGACCAACUGGCAAGUGUCUUCACUGACAUUUUCAACCUGUCCCUGACUGAGUCUGUAAUACCAACAUGUUUCAUGCAGACCACCAUAUUCCUGUGCCCAAGAACACUAAGGUAACCUAAAAAACUAACAACCUGUAGCAGUCACGUCUGUAGCCAUGAAAUUCUUUGAAAGGCUGAUCAUGGCUCACAUAAACACCAUUAUCCCAGAAACCCUAGACCUACUCCAAUUUGCAUACCACACCAACAGAUCCACAGAUGAUGCAAUCUUUAUUGCACCUUACACUGCCCUUUCACACCUGGACAAAAGGAACACCUAUGUGAGAAUGCUAUUCAUUGACUACAGCUCAGCGUUCAACACCGUAGUGCCCUCAAAGCUCAUCACUAAGCUAAGGACCCUGGGACUAAACACCUCCCUCUGCAACUGGAUCCUGGACUUCCUGACGGGCCGCCCUCAGGUAGUAAGGGUAGGUAACAACACACACGCCACGCUAAUACUCCACACGUGGGCGCCUCAGGGGUGGGUGCUCAGUCCCCUCCUGUACUCCCUGGUCACUCAUGACUGCAUGGCCAGGCACGACUCCAACACCAUCAAUAAGAUUACCGAUGACACAACAGUGGUAGGCCUGAUCACCGACAACGAUGAGACAGCCUAUACAGACUUGGUCAGAGACCUGGCCAUGUGGUGCCAGGACAACAAACUCUCCCUAAAUGUGAUCAAGACAAAGGAGAUGAUUGUGGACUACAGGAAAAGGAGGACUGAGCACACCCCAUUAUCAUCAACGGUGCUGUAGUGAAGCAGGUUGAGAGCUUCAAGUUCCUUGGUGUCCACAUCAACAACAAACUAUCAUGGUCCAAACACACAAAGACAGUCGUGAAGAGGGCACGACAAAGCCUAAUCCCCCUCAGGAGACUGAAAAGAUUUGGCAUGGGUCCUCAGAUCCUCAAAAAGUUAUACAGCUGCACCAUCGCGAGCAUCCUGACUGGUUGCAUCACUGCAUGGUAUGGCAACUGCUCGGCCUCCGACCGCAAGGCUCUACAGAGGGUAGUGCGUACGGCCCAGUACAUCACUGGGGCCAAGCUUCCUACCACCCAGGACCUCUAUACCAGGCGGUAUCAGAGGAUGGCCCUAAAAAUUGUCAAAGACUCCAGCCACCCGAGUCAUAGACUGUUCUGUCUGCUACCGCACGGCAAGCGGUACCGGAGCACCAAGUCUAGAUCCAAAAUACUUCUUAACAGGUUCUAACCCCAAGCCAUAAGACUCCUGAACAGCUAAUCAAAUGGCUACCUAGACUAUUUAUGUUGGUCCCCCUCUUUUAUGCUGCUGCUACUCUCUGUAUAUUAUCUAUGCAUAGUCACAUUCUCUACCUACAUGUACAUAUUACCUUGACUAUUACCUCGACUAGGUGCCCCCGCACAUUGUCUCUGUACCAGUACCCCUGUAUAUAGCCUCGCUAUUGUUAUUUUACUGCUGCUCUUUAAUUAUUUAUUACUUUUAUUUUUUACUUAUCUAUUUUUUACUGAACAGUUAUUUUUCUUAAAACUGCAUUGUUGGUUAAGGGCUUGUAAGUAAGCAUUUCACCGUAAGGACUCAGCGCAUGUGACAAAGUUGAUUUGAUUUAGGGAGUUUCUCCCAUUCUUCUCUGCAGAUCCUCUCAAGCUCUAUCAGGUUGGAUGGGGAGGGUCCCUGCACAGCUAUUUUCAGGUCUCUCCAGAGAUGUUUGAUAGAGCUCAAGUCCGGGCUCUGGCUGGGCCACUCAAGGACAUUUAGACUUGUCCCGAAGUCACUCCUGCGUUGUCUUGGCUGUGUUCUUAGGGUCAUUGUCCUGUUAGAAGGUGAACCUUUACCCAGUCUGAGGUCCUGAGCGCUCUGGAGCAGAUUUUCAUCAAGGAUCUCUCAGUACUUUGCUCCGUUCAUCUUUCCCUCGAUCCUACUAGUCUCCCAGUACCAGGCCGCUGAAAACAUUGCCAUAGCAUGAUGCUGCCACCAUGCUCCACCGUAGGGAUGGUGCCAGGUUUCCUCCAGAUGUGACACUUGGCAUUCAGGCCAAAGAGUUCAAACUUGUUUCUCAUGGUCUGAGAGUCUUUUAGUGGGCUGUCAUGUGCCUUUUACUGAGGAGUGGUUUCUGUCUGGCCACUCUACCAUAAAGGCCUGAGUGGUAGAGUGCUGCAGAGAUGCUUGUCCUUCUGGAAGGUUCUCCCAUCUCCACAGAGGAACUCUGGAGCUCUGUCAGAGUGAUCAUCGGGUUCUUGGUCACCUACAUGAACAAGCCCCUUCUCCCCCAAUUGCUGUUUGGCCGGGCGGCCAGCUCUGUGAAUUGUCUUGGUGGUUCCAAACUUCUUCCAUUUAAGAAUGAUGGAGGUGUCGUGGAAAUUCAGUACUGAGAGAUACUUGGUCUUGGUCAAUUCUUCAAACAAUCAUCUUUAUUUAAUAUUGAUUAAUUAUUGCAAUAAUGAGACCGUCAGCCCACCAGUCUUGACUGACUGUUAUAACCUGUUAUAGACUGUUAUAGCCUUUACAGAUGAUGCACAGUUUUUAUAUAGCUGAUACCAAGAUUGCUUUGUCAGUCACUUCUAACUUUCCCAUAAGCCACCUUGGUUAUCUACACAGGAUGGUAUUUUACUUAGUUUCCCAGAUGCCAGGAAGAUGAGACAAUGAGGCAUUGUUCUUAACUCUUCCAGGCUCUCUCUAUCUCCAGUCACACACACCACAUCUUGUCUAUAGAAUGCUAGCUUUUAGGUUUUUAUUACCAACACAAAUCAAUUGUCAGCUUCAAGCUAUCUCUAGUAGAACCCAUGUCCUCAACACCCAGACUAGCUGCAGGGUGCUAGUGUGGAGACCAUAAAACACAGCAUUUACAGGAAACACAUAUCUGACUGUUUGUUAAGUAAAUAAUUGUUGCAUUGCCAACAAAUAAGGUGAAUACAUAAUUUUCUCCACAGAGGCCACUGUUCUUGGGGACCUUCGAUGCUGCAGAAAUUGUUUGGUACCCUUCCCCAGAUCUGUGCCUCGACACAAUCCUGUCUCGUAGCUCUACGGACAAUUCCUUCGACCUCAUGGCUUGGUUUUUGCUCUGACAUGCACUGUCAACUGUGGGACCUUAUAUAGACAGGUGUGUGCCUUUCCAAAUCAUGUCUAAGCAACUAAAUUUACCACAGGUGGACUCCAAUCAAGUUGUAGAAACAUCUCAAGGAUGUCUGGGUGGCUGGCCUCAGACAAUCCCUCAGGUAAAGAAUCCGGAUGUGGAGGUCCUGAGCUGGUGUGGUUACACGUGGUCUGCGGUUGUGAGGCUGGUUGGACGUACUGCCAAAUUCUCUCAAAUUUGGCAGUACGGUAUGGUAGAGAAAUUAACUUUCAAUAUCUGGCAACAGCUGAGUGUUGAGUCAAAACUGCACAUUUAAGAGUGGCCUUUUGUCCCCAGCAUAAGGUGCACCUGUGUAAUGAUCAUGCUGUUUAAUCAGCUCAUUGAUAUGCCACACCUGUCAGGUGGAUGGAUUAUCUUGGCAAAGGAGAAAUGCUUACUAACAGGGAUGUAAACAAAUGUGCCCAGUAUUUGAGAGAAAUAUGAUUUCUGUGCUUACGGAACAUUUCUGGGAUCUUUUAUUUCAGCACGAAACAUGGGACCAACACUUUACAUGUUUUGCGUUUAUAUGUUUCAGUAAAAGGAAAUAAACUUUUCUACUGAAA